GUUCUGUGAAAGCUCUAUUUGCUUCCAAGCUUCUAAAGCUUCGAACAAACUCUGCAACUAACUUUAAUGGCAACUGGAGAGAUCACUAAUAAAUCUCCUUCACUCCCUCCGUACCCCGAGAUGAUUUUGGAGGCAAUUGAAGCGUUGAAUGAGGGGAAGGGUUCCAAUAAGUCUUCAAUUUCGAAGUACAUAGAAUCUACGUACGGUGGAUUGCCCCAGGGACACAAGGUACUUCUCAAUGUGCACCUGGCGAAAAUGAGGGACAGUGGGGUUCUAGUGUUUUGGAAGAACAACUACACCAAGCGUGACCCGAACGCGCCUCCGCGGCGUGGCCGUGGCAGGCCCCCCAAGCCCAGGGAGCCUCUUCCUCCGGGCACCAUCCUGCCACCACCCAGGCCCAGAGGUCGCCCUCCAAAGGGCCCAGAUGGCUCCCCAAGGCCACCCAAGGCCUCGCCUGGGAGUGGCAGGCCCAGAGGCCGGCCCAGAAAGAUGGCCCGGCCUGCUGGAGGAUUUGGGGAAACAUCCCCGCCCAAGGCCUCUGGGAGGCCCAGAGGCAGGCCUCCCAAAGUCAAGCCCGUGUUAACAGAAGUUGGUGCUUAACAAUUUAGCCUUGUUGUGAGUGUUUGAGAAGUGUUGUUUCUAAAAAAGGGGAGAAUAAAUGGAACUAAGUAACAGUUGUGUUGACUAGAUUCUCUUCUGUGUAUGAAUUGUUGUGUAGUGCAGUUGCUGAUUGCUGAGGCUUUGUUGGUUUGUAAAUUGUAAUUGUAAUUGUGAAAAUAGGACAAUGGGUAGAGAGACUAGAGUUAAUGGACUCCUCAUCCAAAAUUCUUCAUGUCAACAAUUUCAAUCUCUGUUAUUCAUCUUAGAUUGAUUCUUGUCUA